AUGCUGUACAGUUAUACAGCAGCAGAAGCAGCAGCAGCAGCAGCAGCAGCACAGGGGAUGGUCAAAGACAUGUUCUCCAGCCUUCUACUACUAUGGCCACUCAGCUAUGGCCUUGCACUGACGCACGCUGCUCCACAGGAGCAGUCCUGGAACAACCACAACCUCCACUCUGUCCCUAGGGAUCUGGAUGCAAGGGUUCGAAGACUGGACCUGUCCAAUAACUUCAUCAGACAGCUGCGCACACUUGUCUUGCCGUCUUUGGAGCAGCUGGACCUCAGCGCCAACCAGCUGGAUUUCAUCUCUGAGGGGGCCUUCGAAGAGCUGGCUCGACUGGAGCGGCUGAAUUUGUCCAGAAACGCGAUGAACACCAACGUUGGCAGUAACAGCAAAGCCCUCCGAUCCAUCAGCGGACUGAGGAGCUUGGACCUGUCUGCGAACGGCCUGACCGAUGAGGCCGUUGAGCUGUACCUUCGAAACAAGUCCUCCCUCGAUUGGCUUAAAAUGACUGGUAACGCGUUAACAAGGCUUUCACGCAGCAUGUUCAGGGAGAGUAAAGGUCUGAGGAUUAUUACUAUUGAUGAUAAUCUGAUAUCAUUUAUAGAAGAGGGGACAUUUGAGCCGCUGAGCCAACUGAAGAAGCUAAACUUAGCUAGGAAUACCCUUGUACGUGUCUGUAAUUUUAAACUACAUCAAGUCAAGUAUUUGAAUCUCAGUAGAAACUCAUUAGAGUCCUUUGUCACACGCGAGGACGAGCAGAUGUAUGAGCUUGAAAUCCUUGAUCUGAGCUUCAACAACUUGCUUUAUUUCCCUGUUGUUCCAAAGAUGAACCGUCUGAGGUAUCUUCACUUACAGAAUAACAUGGUCGGCACCUUGGACUCGGAGGCUUCGAUGGUAUCAGAGGCCAAUUAUCUAUAUAGUCAUAUUAUGAAUGAAAACACGGUGAGAAAAAAUAUCCUCCACUCCAACUGGAGGCUGAUGCCACUCGUUUUCCUCGACCUCAGUUACAACCACUUCAGACAAUUCCCAGCCGAGACUCUGAGCCUUCUCUCCUCUUUACAAGUACUCAAUUUUAGCCACAACUGUUUGCAGAACAUCACCUGGAACAUUAGACCAUUCCAUUCCCAUCCAGAGAACCCACGGCAGCUUUACUUUCCAUCCUUAAAGCACUUGGACCUGCAAAGCAACGGACUCACGCACCUUUCUCCACCUUUUCUCAAAGCACUCACACAAAUCGAAACGUUGAACCUUAAAGACAACACAGUGCAACUGUGUACUUCCAUGGACCAUUUGAGAGGCUUUCCAUCAGUGGGGCCACAAGAUUCCAACACAUCCUGCUUUGCUUUUGGGAAGUUGGAGACACUCAAACACCUCAACCUCGAGGGAAACAACAUCAAAACACUUCACCCGAACACUUUUCAGAAAUCCUCCUUGGUUUCCUUGAACCUUGCAAGAAACACCCAUAUGGUGAUGCAUGAGGGUGCACUGGAAGCUGUGCGGACCACUCUCCAGUCCUUGAUCGUCAGUGGGAACAACAUGAGCAGCUCCGAUCUGACGCUUCCCUGUAUGCCAGCCUUAACUCAGCUAAAGAUGUCCGGCAACCACCUGGACGUGUUGCCCAGCAGCCUGGGCUGCUCUCCUCUCACACAACUAGACAUCAGAAAUAAUGCUUUGCACACUUUAAACCACUCGCUGAUUAAGGCUUUAUCUGUCCACCUCAAGCAUAUGUAUAUUAGCAGGAAUCACUUUAACUGCUGUGACAGCAAAUGGCUGAUUCUCCUGAACGACUCUCAGCUAGCUGACAUCGGAGACGCUGAAUGCUUCACUAGCACCAGAAACCUCACUUUGACAGAAUAUCUUAAAACCCCUAUGUCUCAUUGUACUAAGGUACAGGACGUUCACAUUGGACAAACAUUUAUUAUUGCUUUAUUCGUAUUUGUCAUAAUAGCAGCGUUCACCGUGUUUUGCAAGAAGCUGUGUUGCACAGACACAACAUUUGUAGUACGAUAAGUCAGUGAUGAGCGACUCAGGCGUGUUUCCUUUGACAGUCCAUUUGCAUGAGUCAUUUGCAGAAGUGCAGCUAAAAGGCUGCUUUAGCCAUGAAUGCUAAUCAAAUUAAAUGGAGGCAGGCUUCACCGUGCCACCCAUGAAUCGGUUUACACUCUAUUAUAACUGCACUUUGGUAGGCUUCCUGCUUCCUGCUGAGGGGCCUGUGGAGACUGUUUGGUCGCAGCGUGAGCCAAAUUACUAAUUCGGGUGGAGAACAUUUUUGUCCAUCCUUCAUUUUGAAAUGUCUGUUUGCAAAUAAAAACUUAAACUUGG